UAGUGCACAUGUGACCCACAGCGGGCCUCACUUGGCCAGUCAGCGGUCAUCCCCUUUCCUCAAUUAAAGGAUCUACACCUCUGCAGUUCCAUCAUCGAGGGCGAAUCGAUACCCAUCAGUUCUGUAAGUAGCCGUUUAACCCUUGUUUCAGGGAUGAUACUGACAUAAUCUGGCACAUGCAGCAGCAUAUCAAGCCCGGACAUGGUUACCAGAGGCCAGCUCAAGGCCUCGAAGGCCAAGGUGGACCAGGUGAUACAUGGUCGCGUGACUAAACAACAGACGACUCGUCUGUCUGCACAUCCUGUCUCUCCAUCUGGGCCUGUGGAUGAGGAAGUCGUCUGUGGAGAGCCCCCCGCAUGGGCAGAGACCCGACCAGCACUGUGUGACACCAUCCCAUGGUUCAACUCUCUUCAAGGGGGUGUCUAUCACACUGGUAAAAUAUGCCGCGGGUUCCUCAUCGAUCAGGAUAGUGGUAUCCGCUCGUACCUUGAUGACGAGAUAGCUAUUACGAGAGUGGGCGGUGGUUGUCAUAAAGAUGCCGACGGAAGCCUGAUUCUUGACCGGAACCAGACCGCAGACAAUGCACAAGUGAGAAGUGUCCUCAACAGCAUGGAAAAAUGUAUUGCGGUUGGCAUGGUCAUUGGAGAUCGUAAUAACCUGCUCAAAGCGAAGGUCCCCCACAGGUAUAACGUGAUGGAUCUUUUCCGCAUCACAAAUGUGUGGUGGGAGGAUUUCGGGGGCAAGUCAGGAGCUAAGUUGCGCCUGGAGAAAAUCGAUAUAUCAAGCAAGAGUUGGUGGGCAACAAAAGACUCCCCAGACCGGCUUCCCUUUCACGAGCGCAAUUGCGCCACCGAGCCCAAAAAAGACCAGUGUUUUUCGUGCGGAGAUAUCAGCCCACAGGUAUAUAACCAGGGUUGGAUGUGUCUGAACCAGGAUUGCAAGCAAUUCUGGACACUGAACCAGAAGAAAGCACCGAGGAAACUCGACUUUGAUGCAGGUUUCCUGAAUUUCCGCACCCCACCAACCUCCAACGCCAACAGUCAUUACGCGCUGGUCCAAAGCUUCUCCUCAUUCCUUGAAGAGUACAGCGAAGAUGAUACUUACUCGCGCUCUUCAUGGAAAGGUAUCGUAUGCCCUUCUUGCUCGAAAUGUGUAUCUCGCACGUAUUGGGGCGGUUGGAAAUGUGCCGAUGAUCUUGCACCUCCAACGAAGUCAUUAGAAUCUGUCUGUGCUUUUGAGCACAUGGUUUCCAUGCGCCCAAUUCCUUUGGGGUAUGUCAUAGGCGAAGCCGCCAGACCACCUAUUCCACCAGUACCCAGUGUGGCUGUAGCAAUUGAUACCUCCUCGGUCUACCCGUUUGAGAUACGCACAUAUACGAUGCCAAAUGGAGUUGGCUCAGUUACUCAUUUUGUCGCAAGCGCUGUUUCCAACAGUAAACCACAUGGCCCGGACUGUAUGUUUGAGCAACUGCAAUUGGGCGAUUUCGGGCUGAGGCGUUAUCCAUUGCAGCAAAGUGUUGUUGCAGGAACGCAUACUGCCCACUUUGCCGCCAAUUAUGGAAUGCCAUACAAAUAUGUCGUUUCUGUGGCGUCUAAGGCGUUCAACGAAGCCCCCCAGGUGAUUUUACAGGCCUUGGGCCGUCUGACGUGGGCAACGGAAAAAGCGCUUGGCUCUGACUACCUUCCUCCAAACGAACUACUCGCCCUUGGUUACUUCGAAGCAAUGAAGAUUGGGGUAGGCAAGACUUGUAGAGGAUGGACAUACACGCUUACAGGUUUUAGUAUCACGAUGAUGGCGAAAUAUCGCUCGGUCCUACAAUUGCUACACUGUCGUUGGGUGGUCCGUCCGAGAUGAAGAUCCGGAUGAAAGAGAAAUGGUUUCAUGGACAGACUAAAUCCGGUAAACUGCUAGCUUAUGAUCCGGUACUUGAUGGAUGUGAAUUCAGGACCGAACGACAGGACUUGAAGGAUGAAUUCGAAGACGGGGAAUUGUCGAUAGACGAUUAUGAUCACUUACGCAGGGAAGUCUUCAAAAGGAGCCAGCAUAGAGAAGCUCGAGCAUGUGUGACACUGCGCCUUCGCCAUGGGGAUAUUGUGGUGAUGAAUGGAGAAAGUUUUCAGAAAUUCUACGAGCACAAGGUUACGCCGUCCGAUAAACUUCGCUUUGCUUUGACGGCUCGAUAUGUCAAGCCAGAUGAGCUCACGCCAGAGGAACUGAAGAAGGGAGAAUUUACCCUGACAGGUAAUCAGAUAUAUACUGGGGAAUGACGACGAUAUUGGGCUUUUUCAAUCCCAUCUUCCUACUGCUUCGUUACCAAUUUGUUUGAUUUCAAAAGUGCUUCUCGAUUCUUUAUUCUUAUGAUGAUUAC